UUCUCCUCCACUUCCAGCACCACCACUGUUGGCACCGUCACCUCCCGGGUGACCAGGAAUGGGGAUGCUGUCAUGGAAAAGGACUUACUCAAUCAUGAGGACCUGGCAGGAGACCGGGGCAUGAUAGAUGAUAUCUUUGAUGAGACCUACCAUGAGAAAGGGGGCCCCAAGCCCCCCAUGCAAUACGUCUGGAGGAAUAUCAUUCUCAUGAGCCUGCUGCAUCUAGGGGCCAUACUCGGGUUGACACUGAUACCUUCUGCAAAGAUCCAGACAUUGGCAUGGGCUCUCCAGCCCUGCCUUCAUCAUUGUUUGCUGUUCUGCGUUGCUGUGUUCAUUGUAUCCCCUGAUCUCUUUCUGGUACAGAGCUUCCUAGAACAAGCUGGGGAUGUUGAUCAGGUGAAACGCAUGCAAAAGAGAUUUAGUAAGGAGUGCCAUCGAUCCUACAAAGCCACACUGCCUCUGCGGAUCUUCUUGACUAUUGUAAACUCCAUGGCCUUCCAGAAUGACAUCUAUGAGUGGGUCCGGGACCACCGUGUCCAUCACAAGUUCUCAGAGACAGAUGCGGACCCACACAAUGCCAAGCGGGGCUUCUUCUUCUCUCACAUCGGCUGGCUGCUAGUGCGCAAGCACCCGGACGUCAUAGAGAAGGGCCAGAAGCUGGACCUGAGUGACUUAAAGGCUGACAAAGUGGUGAUGUUCCAGCGGAAGUACUACAAGCCCUCGGUGGUGUUGCUGUGCUUCGUACUACCCACUGUAGUGCCCUGGUACUUCUGGGAUGAAUCCAUCAUCAUCAGCUUCUUCAUUCCAGCCAUCCUGCGCUACGCCUUAGGGCUCAAUGCCACUUGGCUAGUGAACAGUGCUGCUCACAUGUUUGGCAACCGGCCAUAUGAUCAGUACAUCAACCCACGGGAGAACCCCUUGGUCAGCCUGGGGGCCCUAGGAGAAGGCUUCCACAACUACCACCACACCUUCCCCUAUGACUACUCCACCAGUGAGUUUGGCUGGCACUUCAACUUAACCACAGCCUUCAUCGACCUCAUGUGCCUCCUGGGGCUGGCCAGUGAUCGCAAGAAGGUCUCCAAGGAGGUCAUCCUGGCUCGGAAAAUGCGAACUGGAGAUGGGAGUCACAAGAGUGGCUGAGUUCCUGCUCCCCUUCACACACACACCCACACCUCUCCUUCCUCCUUUUUUCUCCCUUUCUCCCUUCCUGACCCCUCCAAACACGCUGGACAAAGGUUUAAUGUUCUGUUGACUAACUACUGAAUAAUGCUACCAGUUUGCUUAAGAUAAUGAGUUUUAAUCCCCUCCCAUGCUGUAUUUCACAUGAUAUAUUUAAGAUCUAGGACUCUGCCUUUGUAAAGCAAGGCUGCCCCUUUCCCUCC